AUGAACAGUAGUAGUAGUAGUAGAAGUAGUAGUAGUGAGGUUAAGAAGGAGAAAAAAAGAAAAAGAAGUAGAUCGUAAAAAAAAGAAAAGAAAAAACAAAAAAGUAAGAAAUCAAAAGAAAGAAAGUAAAAAGACAGGAAAAAGUAAGAUAAUAAAAAAGCUGAUAAAAAAGAAAUAAAAGAAAAAGAAGUUAAAAUAGAUAUAUAAAAAAAAGAAUAAGAUGGAGAGACUAAGGAAGUACAAAAUUAAAAUAGAUAUUAGUAAAGAAUAGCUCGAUUGAAAUAGGAGAGAAGAAAAAGAUCAAGAUCUAAUUCAGCUGUUAAACAUUAUUAGAAAUAAAUUUUAGCUAACAAUCCAGUUGCUAAAUCGAGUAAUUAUUUAUUUAAAAAUUAAAUAUAGAUGCAUUAGGUUAUGACAAAUAAGAUCGUUUUUGGGAUGGAUUCACUUGGGUACCUAAAACAAAUCUACAUGAUAAAGUUAGAGAUGAUAAAGAAAAAGUAAUGUCAUUGACUAGUAGAAUGAGAAGAAUUUAAAUUUGUAAUAUUCCAACAGGUUUAACUAAUCGAGAUCUUUAUGCUGAAUUAAGUAGAUUUAUGAAUAGAAACUAUUUAAAUGAUGUUGGAAAUGCAAAACCAAUUUUGUAUUGUCACUUAAAUGAAAAAGACAGAACUUGUACAUUAGAAUUAUCAUCUGUUGAAGAAGCAAAUAGAAUGUUAAAAUUAGAAGAAAUUAAAUUAUUAGAUGAAUCCUGUAAGAUCUUUCGUCUUGGUGAUAGUUUAUAUGGUAAAAAUAAUUAAAUAAUCGUUUAGGUCAAUCUGUGAAUCAAUCAUAGUUAGUUUAAUAAGCUCAUAAUAUGGCAUAAGCAUAAGCAGCUGCUUAUUUAGCAUUAAAAUCCCUUGGAUAUGCCAGAGGAUAAAGAGAAGAAGAUGAAAUUCUGGCUUAGGCAGGUAUCCCAUCCAGGAUUAUAAAGGUUGGAAAUUUCUUAAAUGUUGCUAUGGCAAUAAAUCUCAAUAAAAAUGAAUGGAAUGAAAUGAAAGAGGAUUUACUAGAAGGAUUCUCAUAAUGUGGAUAAAUUGAAGAUGAAUUCUUUGUUAAACCAUUUUAAGCAAGCUUAGGAGGUAUUUUUUAUUAUUUAUUAUUACAGCUGAAGCAGGUUCUCUAUUUCUUGUAUAUUCUACAAUUGAGGAUGCAUAACGUACAGUUAUAUCUAUGUAUGGUAGAACUUAUAAUUAGAGAGCUCUCAAAGUUAUAUUUAUUAAUGAAUAAACAUACAUUCGCAGUUAUAUUCCUUUAAAGUUAAGAUAAUAAUUAGAAACUGAAGAAAUAUUAAAAAGAGAAUAAGAUAUAUAUGAUGAAGAUGAUUUUGAAGAAGAAGAAGAAUAUUUAGAAAAAAUGGAUAAUGGAUUAGUUAUAGAAAAUAAUAAUAAUAAUAAUAAUAGUAAUAAUAAUAAUAAUAAUAAUAAUAAUAAUAAUAAUAAUAAUAAUAAUAAUAAUAAUAAUAAUAAUAAUAAUAAUAAAAAAGAUAAUUGA